UUAUAUUCAAGAAUCCCCAACCCUAAAGAAAUACUCUCUUUACGGGACAAGAAUACCUUCUAUUGACACACUGGAAAAAUCAGUCAGAUUGAUUUAAACCCUAGCUUCGUUCCGGUGAUCCUUUAGUCACAGAGGAGAAAAGAAUUCCCCUCCCUUCGUGAAGUAUGAUCGCUACUGUUUUGAGGAAUAGGACUUUCCGAUUGCUCUCCGUUCAGCGCCGCUACCUUGGAUGCAGCUGCACUUCAAUUCCCGACGUCCAGGAAGGAGAGAGAUUGAGUUAUACUCAAACAGGAAGAAAGUGCAGUUUCAUUCAUCCAUCUGCGGUUGUUCAUCCGGACGCCAUUUUGGGUCAGGGUGUUUCAAUUGGUCCUUUUUGCACUGUUGGGUCGUCUGCAAAGUUGGGCAAUGCUUGUCAAUUAUACCCCGGGAGCCAUGUUUCCGGAAACACUGAAUUAGGGGAUAAUUGCAUUUUGAUGAUGGGUGCCGUAGUUGGUGAUGAUCUUCCAGGCCAUACUGUUGUUGGAUGCAACAACGUUAUCGGGCAUCAUGCUGUGGUGGGGAUCAAGUGUCAAGACAUGAAGUACAAGUUAGGGGCCGACUGUUUCCUUGAGAUUGGCAACAACAAUGAGAUAAGAGAGUUUGCAUCAAUCCAUCGAUCUUCACAGCCAGACGAUAGAACAGUGAUUGGUGAUAACAAUCUUAUCAUGGGAUGUUGUCACAUUGCCCACGACUGCAAAGUCGGUCACAACAAUAUUUUGGCAAAUAAUACUCUAUUAGCCGGCCAUGUAACUGUAGAGCAAUUCGCUUGCAGGACUAUGUUCACACAGGAGGAGGAUCCUUUGUGCAUCAAUUUUGUCAUCUUGGUUCCUUUUCUUUCAUUGGAGGUUACUCAAGAUGUACCAAAGUACAUCAUGGUCUCUGGCGAGCGAGCUGAACUACGUGGUUUAAAUCUAGAAGGUCUACGGCGUCAUGGUUUUUCACCCGUUGAGAUGAAGGGCCUGAAAACAGCUUAUAGAAAAAUAUUUUUUCCGGGGAAUGGAAAUCUUCAGAGCAUCGAAGACCGCCUGUCUGAAGUGGAAAACAAUGACCAACUGGGCCGUGUUCCAGCUGUCAGUUUGAUGCUACGAUCAAUCCGGGAUUCCUUAGCAGAGGAUCGCCGAGGAAUUUGCAAGUUCAGAUUGUGGACUGGAUCAUAACACGACAUCUGUUACAUGCUAUUUGAAGGUCCAUUUUGUUCUAUUUGAAGAAUUCAUCAAUGGCUAUCAAAUUUGCAUUCAUACUAUGAAAUGGAUCUGGUCUCUUAUUAUCUUUCAACCCAUUUUCCAGAUAAUGUUAAAAGUCCCCAGAAAGAAUGCUUACUUAUCCUUUUGUCUUUAUAUAUAAAAUAAAAAAUAAAAAUAAAAAUGCACCAGUUCAUGAACAGACAUAUCUGCAUGCAUUUAGUACAAUCAACAAUUUAGGAUAUUGUAUUAUAGUAGAUGCAUUAUCACAAUGUUUCAACUUUUUUGGACUCUCUGGGAAAUUCUACCCAAAAAGAAGAGGUAAAGGGAAGUUAGGAAAAUAUCUUUGUCCAGUGGAUUUAUUAUAGAGAUAAUGUUUCUAUCAAACUGAUUUAUUAAAAUCCCAUAACAACUUAUCAUUUCGUCUUUAAAGAUUACGAUCACUUAAAAAAAUCAACCACUAACUAUUAGAUA